AUGGCAACGCCAGAGCGCGCAAACUCUCUCGUGUCCCGCGGUGCCGAUUCGCUGCAGCACUGCUUUUCGUUAAUACCGCCGAUGGUUCUGUGUCUCGUGCGUCAUAUCAACCGCGACAUGGCGGAAAUGACGACACCGCCGAGCAUUGAGCAUUGCGUGGUCGAACUGCAGUCGUACUUCCAGCCCUGUAUCGACGCCAGCCGCGUAGUGGACCGCUGCCUGCCUGGCAGUCGUCUGCGGCUGCAGUUUGGCAAGGCGAUGGACAUCAAUGCCGGUGCCAGCUCGUCGUUACUUAAUGUGUACAUAUUCGCUGUCGACCAAGUAUACUCACGGCCACGCCUGCUGGCGCACGUUGUGCGAGAGUGGCGCGCCCAGCUGGAGCGCACGAACCACGAGGUGAGCCCCUUCGUCAUGCUGUACCACCAGGAUCUCGUUGAUGCGGCGUGUGUCAGUGCACGGCAGGCGUCAGGCGUGUAUAUCGCGGACGCGGCAAAGAAGCCAAAUCAAAAGAAGGCCGAUGCAGCAGCGGCGGCGUUAGAGCCGUACUAUGAGGAGCUCAAGGCGCUCAAGUUCGCGCCACAUCAGAUGUGCGCAUAUCUGCCAAAUGAGGCACCCAUACGAGUUGUAGAGCGACUGCGGGCGGCAUACGCCGAGCGCACCUCACGGCUCUCAACGGUGUUUGACGACUACCGUCAAAAGCAACUACGCCGUGUGUCUAACAGUGUCGCAGACGGUACCGCAACAGCGGUCUUGCGUCUGCACGAGUGCUGGCGCAAAGGGUACGACCUAGCUUUCCACUACCUGCAGUUUGGUGUGGUGGAGGAUGCCAUGGUGGUGUUCGCUCGGAUGUUUGACCAAUACUACUACCACUCGGAAGAUUACGGCUUUGCGGAGCACAGGUCAUCCCUUGAGAGAUUAGGAAAACUUCCCAACCUGUUUGACCCUAGUGCUUUUCCUGUUGGAAAAAAUGGAUACCCCUCUGCGCUUCAGGACGAUGCUGAACUCGUAGACGGUUUGCUCUUUAUUGCAGGGUGUGAAAUGCGGUGUGCACUGCUGCUUGGACGCCGUGAAACCGCCUUUGCACGGUACAAGUCGGUGCUGCAGGUGGCGAGAGAGAACUUCACAGAGGAGGGGAUGACGAGGGUUUCCGACGCGUGGGGGCUUUUCUUUCUGCUGCGCUGCGCUCUCUCCGCAUUGCGGCUGAACUGGGUGGUCGGAGAUGCUGGCUGCAGCGGUAGCAAUGGCGGUGCUGGCGUGGGUGGUGGUGUAAGCGUGAGCCUUCCGGCAUCGCCUGGGCCGCGGCCGGUAGACACAAAUGCCACCGCAUUUCACCAACUGCCAGAAGCACAGCGCCAGUCCAGUCCGACACUCUCGGGUGCGCUGUCCGCUUCGGUAAACCAGGACUGGAGUGCCUUCGCCGCCUCGCCCGAUAUGCCCAGCAGUUUUUCCGCAUUUCCUCUCAUUGAUGGUGCCAGCACAGAGAAAAUAAGCCACGACGCUGUCACUGAACGGCUACAGGUGCUUUCUCAGGCAGUUGGUGUCGUGUUAGGCGGAGAGCUCUGCCGAAAGGGCGACCUUCUCGCCAGACUCACCGGCGACACGCUGGAGUACCUCAUGGACCUCGCCGGUAUUCUCGGUUACUGCGACACCGGCAAGAUAGCGGCACCAAUGACGCCCUCAUCGGUGGAUGCUGCUGCGUUAGGCAUGCCGGAGCUUGCCACAGCGGAAGCGUAUGUAUCAUUCUACCGCACACUCGUGGAGAUGAGCGCGCUCUGUUUCUGCCCGUUAAAUGACAGGCACCUGGAGCAUGUGCUGUACUACAGACUUGCGCACUCAUAUCGCAAUGCGGAGCCCAGCGUGACGGCGGAGUUGUGCCGCCAACGUCUCAUUCCCUUCUUCCUCCAUAAUGGCUGGCUUCAGCUGCAGACCGUCAUUCACUGCCUGCACGUGGAGUCGAUGGACCUCGUUGUGCAGCAACGCGAGGAAAGUGGAGAGGCACUGUUGAGCAAUGAAGAGGCAGUGGCGCUGAAGGAGUCGCUGCUGCAUAUAAUUGGCGGUCUUGGCGAGUGUGGCGCGCAGCAGGAGGAACUCGCCUACCUCUGCAGGAGACAGUCACCAGUAAAGUGGUGGUGUCGAUUGAAGCAAAUUGACCGCAAGUUGGGCCGCUGCAGCUCAGCUACAGAUGUGCCGCUCUACAGUCUCUCUGGUCUGUUGAAGGAUACGCAGGUGUUUUGCGUGCACUGCAACCAUCUUCUGGAAGGGGCGCGAGAGCAGGCUCAUGACACAUUGACAACAGGACUGCGUGCCAAAAUUGGUGAGACAGUCUUACUGUGCUUCAACGCAACAUCUCCUGUGGACAUGAUGAGGCGCCAGACGGACGAAGGGCUGAGCGACACAGGUGCCACACUCACCGCGACACUUGUGUCUAAGAAGGACUGGGGAGAUGCGGACGAGCCGACGCACGUUGUGCUCGUGAGGAAAGUGGUGUCCACCUCCCAUGACGAGGCGAAGCGAGAAUUGCAUUGGGUGUGGGAGUUCCAGCCGUGCCGCGCUGGCGAUUAUCGCCUUCGCUGCAUUACACUCCAGCUCUCAGAAGCAACGACGCUAGUCUACGUGCCUCGCGAAUCAACUACGCUUUCCGGCGGGAACCGAACCGAGUUUCUUGCUGCUUCUGCUGGUGUUGGUAUUAGUGGUAGGGUGAAGGCCGCUCCGCGGUGUCUCCUAUCGGUGCCGGAGCCGGACAUCGGCAUCAAGCUGCGUGUGGAGCCGCCAGAGGAGCCACACUGCUUCGGCGACACUCUCGCCUUCUUUGCUGUGCACGUUGAGGUUGAGCGGCCGCUUUACCUUCCACAGGGCGCCGACGCUACCUCCAGAGGCUGCAAGAACUGCACCUUUGAAACAGAUGGCCCGUGGAGUCCAUUUACUUCCCCUGCUGCAGCAGCGGCGUUGUCUACUGUUGGGGCAGUAAAGGGCGCACCCACGCCGCGAGAUCCGCGGCACACGAUAAUGGAGGUAGUGCCGCUGCUGGAUCCUUCCACACUGGCCCGCAUCUACGUGAGCCGUCCGAGACGGCAGGCGUUGCUGCGCGGUAACGCCUUUGGCGCCUCCAUUGCUUUCAUGCCAUCGAAGAGUAUAAAGGAGUCUUCGCUAAUGCCGCAGCAGCACGACGCGUCGCACCGCCGCCCUGAUAUUGCCGACGUCGGCGGUACGGAUGGGCCGAUUGCAUUUGGAGAUAGCAUGGUGAAUCUACCACUAACCCUCGUCUCCAUUACAGACGAAAAGACGGGCGUGUCGACUACGAUUCCGGUUGAUGAGGAAUUCCUCAUGUCACACCUACCGCCUCUUGUGCGUGAGAGCAGCAGAAGGACUGAGAGUGUUAAUCACAGCGCGGUGUCGAUGCAUCUCGAGGGAAGUAUUCUUCCGCUGCCACGUUUCCAGUGCUGCUUCAAUAUAUGUCUUGACGACAACGAUGAAGCACAGAAACAGCAGCAGCAACAACAACAUCAACAACAGUCGGUUAAAGAGAGCCGCGCUGGGCUUCUGGAGGCGACGAGCCUGCGGUGCUGGUUGCCGUUGGUGCCCAUCUUCAUGUCGAGUAUUGAUGAAUGUGCGCAGGUGUCGUUGUCCUGCCAACGCAACAUGGAGUCAUGUACAACAAGUGUGUCUGUGCCGUUUCGGUUCGCACCGGCGUUCUCAGUUCGCUAUGCCUUCAAGUGCUUUCAGAGCCGCCUCUAUUGCCUCGUGCAGGUGGAAAACGUCCUCAGUAAGACGUCGCUGUGGCUGCGAGGUGCACUCCUGGAUCUGCUUGAAUCCGAGAGUUACUACGAGCUCGCGCGCGUCUCUUCCACACACGAUCACAUAAUGAAGCGUGAAUGGAAACCGCACGAGACGGUGCAUCUCUUCUUUGAGCUGGCGCCCUCCUCUGAGCCACGCACACACGAAAAGGAGGUGCGUCACCGCGUGCGUUUGCAGCUUCUUUACUCCAAUUGGGCUAUUGCAGAGAAACGGCAGCCGCUUGAGUCCCACAUUCUCCGUCCACUUCCAUCAUCUUCUAGUGGUUGUGGUGGUGGUGGUGUUGCUCCCAGUGCUACUAUCAGUUCUGCAAACAGCAGCUUCGAGGUCACCGCUGGCGGUGCGUACCACUUGGUGCCGGGCAACUCGCUGUGCAACAGUCUGAGGGACGAGCCGAUCUAUUCUACGAAGCAACCACGUAUUCGCUACGACUCUGCCCAGCUGGAAUUGUUGCGUACCACAUGCAACACGUUCCAUGGACCAAUUGGAACAUUCACGUCGAAGCACUCCUGCCUUUUCAACGCCGUAAUCUUUGUGGACCCGCUCAAUCCUGCCAACCAGAGCGUCCGUGCGGUGGCAACAGCUGCGGCGGUGUUAAGGAGAGGCAGUGACAGUUUCAUCCCCGGUGCAAUUCCUAUUGGGGCCUCACCAAUUGAUCUACCAGGUGGAUUUGUCUUCCCUGUUGGCGAGCCUGUCUGCUUUUCCGUCACACUGGAGCCGCUUGCACACAACUGGCCAGAUGACUGUGGCUGUGAAGAGGAGUUUUUAAUAACGUUCAAAGCAGACCCCGCGGUGUGGCUCGUCACGGGGAAGCANCUGUCCAUGAUGGAGGAUACUACUAUGUUCUUCACGGCUGUUCCUGUGCCACCUAUCCCUGGCACAACUGCUGAACACCACGACAGUUCUCUUUCUCCCCAGCGGGAACAGCAGCAAACACAACAACAACAGCAGCAAACACAACAGCAGCAACAGCAACAGCAACAUAAGGUGUCAACUGUUACGACGCCCACUAUCGAGCUCCAGUGGGCGUCACGCCGCAAUUCUAGCGGGGCUGACACUGCCGCGGUGGCGAUCGAAGUGGUGCAGUUCCGCACAUCCAUGCGUAUCCAGCACUGA